AGCGCCCUCAGCACGGGCGGAGCGGCUCUUCCCUCAGCCGGCCUCCCCUCCCCGCCCCCUCUUGCUCCCCCUGGCGGCAAAGCGAGCCUCCCUUUUCCUUCCCACAAUGCCCGUUUAGGCUGCUCUGCCUCGGCUCCAAGAUGGCGCAGGCGAUAUUCGAGGCGCUGGAAGGUAUCUACAUCUCGAUAUCGGGGUGGGGGUGUGCGUGUAGUCGGGCGGGCUGAGGCCUAGCGCUGGUUGGGGAGGCGCCGCAAGGACAGACGCGGCUGUUCCACGCCGGGCGCCUCCCCUCCCGCCGCUGCGGACGGGGCAGGGGCUGAGAGGACGGCGACGCGGGGCCGCCCCCGGGCAGCGCGGGGGCCGAGGGAGGGUUCACGGAACAGCCGCUCAGGCAGCCCCGCUGCGCCUCUUUCCCGCGGAGGAGCAGCAGUUGCAGCAAACGCUGCCAGCCUGCGGGCGCGGCUCUGCCCGCUGCUGCCGGACUCGGGGGGCGCAGGGAGGCGACGGAUGUCCUUCUGGGUGGGAUUUUGUACUGCACGAUCUAAGGAAAAAGACUUUCCUACACCCCUCAACGAUACCUCAGUUUCCCCUUCCUUCCAAAGGAGGCUUUUCCAAGCUGGACUACAACUUCCAUCAUCCCUAGCUGGCAGGACUAGUGGUCAGAGAUGAUGGGGAUUGUAGUCCAAAAACAGCUGGAGACCCAAGUUUGGGAAACCCCGUUUUAAGGGUUUCUCCCUUGCUUCCAGGAUGCAGAGCUUAUUGUGAUUUGGGGGACAUGACAGCCACCAUUCCCAGAGACGUUGAAUUCCUUCAACAUCUGCGACUUUAAAACUUGGUUGAGCGUAUUGCGCUUUUGGAUAGGUUGCCCUGCAGAGUGGAUGGCUGCUUGUUAAUCAGUUGUAAAUUAGGGCUUGUUCCUACACAAAUAGUGCUUAAAAUUAGUUUUUUAUGUUCCCAGUGUCUUAAUUCACAUACCUUCAUCUUGGCCAAAAUGUCUUCUUUAAGAACAUGCUGGGUCAGAUACACCAUCCGACUCGCCCAGCACCCUGGUUUUCUACCAUGGUCAGAUGUUUCAGGAAAUCUCACAUAGAAUUAGUGUUGGAAACAGAGAUAUGAAAGCAAGGGGCUAAAUGGCACCUUAAGCCUAGGUUAUGGGCGCAACAACGGAAUGUCUAGCUUCACUUUUUAUAACAAGAAUACAAAGCUGAAAAUGAAUGAACUGCAGCUAAAAUAUUAUGUUCAUUUUUCACAUGGUCUAGUCCUUCCCUUGCCCACCCCCCUAAUAUUAUUAAGAGGGUCUCUUCUCCAGUUUUCAGAUAGUAGCUGGAAGUGGGGAGGCAGAAAAAGGUUCUUCCUUUCCUUCCACUCUGCAGUUUUAAUCUGAAAUCUUAGGUGCAGUACUGCUCCCAUGCUAAUGAAAUUCCCCGUCGCAAAAUAUGCCUAGAACAAUGGGAGUUUCAAACACGGCAUAGAAUUGUAGAGUUGGAAGGGACCCUGAGGACAUCUAGCCCAACCCUCUGCAAAGUGUCCAUGACAGCUGGCUAUCCAAGACCUGAAGUAAUAAUUCUAACUACUCUCCCCCCGCCCCCCAGUAACUGCCACUGAACCUGAAGAGUGCAUAUAGGAUCAUGAUUUGUAGCCAUUAUUCUCAAUGGAUUUGUCUAAUUCUAAGCCUCCUGAACAAGUAGCCAUCACAUCUUGUGGCAUUGAUUUCUAUAAAUUAAUUGUGCACUGUGCAAAUCAGUGCUUUUCUGCCCAAAAUCUCUUCCUGAUCAAUUUAAUUGGAUGACCCUGAGUUCAAGUAUAAUGAGAGGUGAAAACAUUCAAUUUUUCUGUGCUGUGGCAUAAUUACGUUCUCAAUUUGCCAUCACACAUGUUCAUAAAUAGAGCAACAAGGGCUAAAAAACUAUCACAGAUUGUCUUAAGUGAUCAUGCGAUGCUGUUAUGUGGUACUGAUGUUUUAGAGCAGGUUGGGCAGAUUUCAGGCAUGUUGGGUCUACUUAGUGUUCAACUAGAACCCCAAAUCUGUGAACUGGAAUCAUAUGUGAAGGACAUACAGUUAGAAUGAAAAAACAGGUUGCCUCUGAAAAUGUUUUGAUCUUAGGAAUCUAAUUUCAGUACCAGAACUGCAUCUUCUCACACAAAAGUUCAUUCCUGAUUAGCUUCCUUCAUUUCAGCAACCUCACAGGGGUGUUGUGACUGGAUACAGAUGAAUAUACAACUCAGGAUCAUAGAAUUACUUCCUCUAUUGAUGGAAAAAAGAACUGUAAGGUCUUAAGUGGACAUCAAAUAAAAUAAGUAGUUCUUUGUCCAGAAUCUAGAUGAUGUAUACCUUUUAAUGCAUUCUGCUGGUUCUGUCUCUUUAUUUUGUGAAUGCCAUUUUUAAGCAAGCCAGAGAGACAAGACAGCAAGAAAAACUGUGUGGUAAUAUUUACAACACAAAAAUUAAAUUCAGAGAGUUCCUGUUCUGGAGAAUAUGAAAGCUGCAAUCACAAACAUAUUUAUCAGGAAGAAAGAUAUCAUGGAACUCAACGGCUUGUAUAGAAAUGGGAAAUAAGGAUGCUUGAAACACACUGAAACUACCAGGGGUAAGGGUGAACUUAGGCAUACUCAGUGUAGACCCACUGAAGUGACUGGACUUGCCUUACUCUGUUGAUUUGAGUGGGCCUACUAUGAGUAUGACAUUGAAUUUAAUUCUAAGGCCACACAAAACAUUUAAAGCACUAUGAUACCAUUUUAAACAUUCCUGGCUUCCCAAUCCUGGGAGCCUGUUCCUAUCACAGAACUGCAACUCUCAAAGUGGUUUAACAAGCCCUCUUCAGAGGAAACUCCCAAUUAUAUCAGAACCCCUUUUAAUCUUGCAUUGUGACUGCAUAGCUUCAUAAGCAUGGAAGAGGGCCAAGGUAACCAUUUAAAAACAGUGAUCACUUCCUUCUCUGUGCAGUAUCCUAUCCAGUCUGGACACAGAAUCUGCAUUGGUUUAGUUAGCCCUAAAAUUCAUCCUUCCCUUUCAAAUAUAAUAGUGUAGUUGUUGACCAUAACAUAUAUGUUAUGGUGAUUUUUUGGAAGUUUCUCCAGUACAGUUUAUUUGCUAGAUUUAAUCCGUGUUUCAGAUUCAGUAAAAUACUUCCCAUGAACCUGCAGAAAACUUAGCUGGCCUUGAUUGAUAUGUCUAUUUCUUUAGAAGUGGGGCUCACUACCUACGGUAGUAAGUGUGUUUAGCUUUGCAAUCUAAAUGUGUGCAAGAGUAUAGAUGAUGCAUUUCUAACAUUUCUUUUUGGUAACACCCCUCCCUCCCCCCCCCCCCGUGAGAUUGACAACUGAUGUCAUAAAGAUGCAGCUGGGCUAAAAAGGGAGAUGCAAACACAGCUGAUCAAUGGCACUUGCAAAUACCCAUAUACAGUGCUUUGAAGUCCCAACAAUCAGCCAAUCACUGGGGCUUGCGUAUAGCCAUGCACAGGUUGUUGAAGCCGUGACAAGCAGCUGAUUAGUGGCUACAUAGAGCAGAUUGUGGUAUUUUGUAGCCCUGAUAAUCAACAUUGUUGGGAUGUCAAGUGCCACACCAGGUUUUUUUCAUGCACUGACGAUCAGCGGAUUGUUGAGGCUUCAAAGCACUGUGUAUGGUGUUUUCAGAUGAUUGUCAAGUGAGCAGGCUUGCUCCAGUUCCCCACCUGUUUUAGUACUUUUUAGUGAUGAGCCUUUUAACCCACUUAUUCCUACACUUGUGUACUAGAAAUAAUCAUUCUGCUUUUACUGGUAGAAUCUUAGAAAGAAAGCCUUAGCAAUAUUGUCAAUCUUGUUGCUUUAAUAGAGUAAUAAAACAUGUUAGGUUUUAAAAAUUGUGGGGUAUUGAUAUCAUAAAAGGUAAAGGUAAAGGACCCCUGACAGUUAAGUCCAGUCACAGACGACUCUGGGGUUGUGGCGCUCAUCUCGCUUUACAGGCUGAGGGAGCCGGCAUUUGUCCGCAGACAGUUUUUCCAGGUCUUGUGGCCAGCAUGACUAAGUCACUUCUGGUGCAACGGAACACCGAAACCAGAGCAGCGCACAGAAACAUCGUUUACCCUCCCACUGGAGCGGUACCUAUUUAUCUACUUGCACUUUUUGGCAUGCUUUUGAACUGUUAGGUUGGCAGGAGCUGGGACCGAGCAACAGGAGCUCACCCUGUCGCGGGGAUUCGAACCACUGACCACCUGAUCGGCAAGCCCAUGAGGUUCAGUGGUUUAGACCACUGCGCCACCUAUGUCCUUAUUGAUAUCAUAGGUGGCUGUAAAUCAAAAGGUUAAAAAAAAGUAGAGGAGAAGGAAAUAGGUUAUAUUAUAAUCUGGUUGGGACAUGGGGGUCCUGCAGCAGAAUGCAUGAUAUGCUUGAUAGUUAAAAUAAUUCAAAUCCAGUGUUUCUGAAUACAGUCCCUCUAACCACCAUUUCUGUUUCUCCAGGUAUGGAUAAUCAGACGGUUCUGGCUGUUCAGUCUUUGCUAGAUGGCCAGGGAGCAGUAACAGAUCCAUCAGGACAAACCGUCAACACAUCCACCACCAUCCAGUCCAUGGGUGAGCCCUUCUCUGCAUACCAAAUGAGAUGGAAAGGAAAGAAUCAGAGGUCCCACCCCCCACUUUUGGUUUAUUGCAAGGAUGAAGAAUCUCUGGCCUUGGACGGUGCCCAUGCAGAAGGGCAUCUCCUCCUCAGCCCCAGCUUCUUUGCUGACUUCCCUUGCUCCCUAGCCAGCAUGGAAAAUUGCAAACUGCAGGCUCUUGGGGCUUGAUUUUGUUACUAUGAACCCUGGCAUGGGGGUGGGGAGCGCCUGUAAUGCUCCCAGUUUUGAUUGGCCACCCUAUGUGCUAGACUGGCCCUUUUGGAUGGGAGCCCCAUAUCUGUGGAACUCCCUCCUAGGGUACAUAUGCUUGUUCCAUUCCGUGCUGACUUUUAAAUGGAUUUUGUAAACCCAUUAAUUCUGUGCUGCAUGUAAUUAAGAUGCUGUACUUUUUAAUGUUUUAUAUAGCUGUUGUUGUUUUUCUAAAAAAAUUAUUAAACAUGUUUUUGGUUUACAAAAGUAUGUGCAUUGUCUCUACACAAAGCUGCUGGUUUUAAGUUGUUGGUUUUAAAUUGUUCUGGAUAGCUAAAUGCCAACAUUUGUAUGGAUUUUGUGGUGCUGUGAAGGCAUUUUUAUUUCAGCAGGCAUUUCCAGGAUAUUAAUUUUAUCUGGCCAUUUCUGCAUAUGGGAUGCAGGGUUGUUGUUUAGACUGGCAUGCAUUUUUGGUUUGUUUGUUUAUUUAAAGCAUUUUUACUCCUCACUUCAAUGAAAAGGGCUCUUAUAGUGCCUUAAUGAAAAAGACAUACCACCAAAGGAAAGGGAGAUGGAAAGGGAGGAGGGGGAAAGCAAACUUAGGCACCAAUUUUUAAAGUUUAUGAUGUUAAGAUGACCAACUGGGAUGGAAACAGUUCAGCAUGAUGCAGCCAUUGCUAGGUGAUUGUUGAGGGAGAAGAUAAACUAAGGUCUAUCAGCAGAGCUGAUGGACUAGCCCUGUUUCCCUUCUCUCCCUCUGUGGUUUCCUCCCAUUGACCGAAUCCUGCAAUUGCCAGGACUACAGAGAUUUACCUGCAGGGUGUGAUAUGAAGUCUGGAUUUGCAUGUUGCUGUUUAUUGGGUUGGCUGUGGUGCUAGAUGCCCUUGGAAUAUAUUAGGGUUUUUUUGCUUGUUUUAAAUUUCUCCUACAAAUGGUUAUAGAAUUUGAUUUGCUUUCUUCCUCUCACUCUAGAUUGGUGAUGUACAAUUUGGUCCUAGACAUCAUUGGCUCUUGCUUCCAAGUAAAUCUGCAUUGCAGCUCCAUCAUAAUUUAUAAAGGUGGAAUUUAGAAUUAGAAUAGUAUUAAAAUAGAUUAGAUUAGAUUAGAAUUAGAAACGUGAGAUCUGGCUGCCCUACUGUUCUUGUAUGAUAUUGCAUCAAGGCUUAGAGGGUUUUAUUUUUAAAUAGAAACAGUAACAAAACAAUUAAACUUACAUCAGCAAGUGCUACACAGCACACAAUCAGCAAUAUUUGAUCAACGAUUUACAGUGCCAUUUUGAGCAUUUUCCUGUACUUUCGUCGUUUCAUCUCUUACAUCAGAGUAAGAGCACAAUUGGGAAGCUCACGUGCCUCAGGUAGCACUUUAUGUAGCAUUUGUGUUUUGCUUCCUGUGCACAAAGUGUAGAUGGGAAUGGUUGUUUCCAAAUGUGCAGUGGGCAUGCCAACCCUGCUUUCCAAGUGCUUGUCCACUCAGUAUUUCCUAGUAUUUGACGAUAUGCACCUCUUUCAUUUGUAUAGGCAGAAAAAUGUGAUUUGCUGUAUAAACAGGUGACUUUUCUUGAGGUAGAAACUGCUUUUAGAAAGCUAACCAUGAAGAGAAAUCCCACUGUUUGACAAUUCACUUGCCUCUGACUAAGAGCUUCUGUUCUGGCCUAAAAGGCAAAUUUACUUCCUCUUGUUGAAACUCUAUUUUAUUUGAGUGCAGCAAUUGAAAAGGACUCUGGCGUUGGAUCAAUAACUUCUCUCUCUUUUUGACUGCAGAUGAUGAAGAUGUGUUUCUUUGUGGGAAAUGUAAGAAGCAAUUCAACUCACUGCCUGCAUUCAUGACCCACAAAAGAGAGCAGUGUCAAGGCAGUACACCCUCGUUGGCUACAGUUUCACUGGCUACUAACAGCGUCUACACACCAUCCAUUACCUCAGUGCAGCAGGCUCAGACCACAAAUCGUCAGGUAUAGAUGUUGAACCCUCUGAGAUCUCUGUGCCAUUAACAGUGAACUGCAUGAUAAAACCCUAAACCAGCACUAGCAGUCCAGAAGAGAUGAGGGUACAAAGUAUAUUUGGAACUGCCGGGAGAUUUGCAAGGAUUUCUGACUUCCAGUUGUGUAGCAAUGGCAUAAACAUUUGUGUCCUACCUUGGAUCAAGGCUGGCCCAGCCAUUAGGCAAGGUGAGGCCACUGCCUCAGAUGGAGCGUCCCCAAAAUGGCUUGAGAUCUCAGCUGAAAUCACUUAUGGCAGAGGCAGCAGGGCAGGGUGGCACUUCCUAUUGCACCUCAAACGGUGAAACACACCUUGGAUGUUGUAGUAGUGGCAGAUAAUAACUGCAUCAGCAGAGGACUUGGACUAGAUUACCUCUGAAGAAUUUUCCAUCUGCUUCUGUGAUCUUGUGAAUUUGAGACAAGCUUCCAGAUCUCAAUAGAAAUGCAUUAAUAUCAAACACCUGCAUUCUAUCCCUACAUGAAAGUUUUAAAAUGAAUUUAUGAAUUCAUUGUAGUUAGUUUUAACUCUCUUUCUUCCAGUAUUUUAUCCAAUUGUCUCUACUUGAGUAAGCCCCAUAUAUCUUCCCUGUUUGUGUUUUGUGGCAGCACCUUCUCUGUAUAUUCCUUGAACUGUGGACUUGAUAGAAUGCACAACUUAAGUUCUUGCAAAAUUAAAUAUAUAUAUAUAUAAAUAAAGCCUUUUAAUUUAACUGCAAGCAGAUGAUUAUUCCAUUUCUUUCUCUCUCGAAAAAAGGAAAAAAAAGCCAACAGACAAACAAAAACAACCCCAGAGAAGGGAAACUUGGGUUCUAGAUGAGCUGUUGCCUGUUGAGGAUCCAGACAUAUCACUUUGGUUUGACUACAAAUAUCACGGCUUUGGGCUUGGAUUAAUUAAAUUUGUCUGUUCUCUGUUAAAUUUCUCCUGGAGACAUUUCAAGUCAGAGUAUGAAUGUCACAGUAGAGCCAUAUAAUCUGAAUACAGUAAAAUAUCCACAUUAUGAGACAGAGGUGUCGCAAGAGUUUAAUGAUACAAUGUUUGUGAAGUGCUUUGUAUGCUCAUAUUGUAGUAUAAAUGUCAAGUGUUGCUUUCCAUGACAAGGUUUUUAGACCAUUCUUCUUACACUCUUUCUAGCAGAGAGAGAAAGAUUGCAUUGAUUAAUGGAUUUUUUCCCAGCCUGUUUUAAUGCAGUUCACAAGAACUAAGCUAUUCUUUCUGAGCUGAGAUCCAACAUAAAGGAUUUUAAAGAAUCUCUUCCUCCUAACAGAUCUCUACCUAUAUUACUGUCCCACCCUCUCCAUUGAUCCAGACAUUAGUCCAGGGGAAUAUCUUAGUGAGUGAUGAGGUCUUGAUGUCAGCUAUGUCUGCUUUUACAACCCUGGACCAACCAAUGUCCACAGUACAACCCUCUGUGCAGGUAAGCAGAAUGUUUUUAUGUCCUUUAAGAUGCAUACAUGCUCUAGCAAAUUAAAGUAUAUAAGAGGUUAGAGAUAAUUUUGUGGGGAUAAUGACACACAAAAAGUAAGAUUUUGGCUUCAGACUCAUCCUUAUCAGAACAUCUCUGCACUGACGGCAAAAUCUACAUAGCGUGGAGUACUAAAUUAGUGGUAACUGUUGAAGCAGGUAAGAUACGUUAUUGCCAUUGCAUAGUAAACUUCGUGUAUGUCAGUGGUAAAAAAGGCAAGUAGAAUAUGAUGAAGCAUUGUAAAAAGCAUGGGAAAUAAUUAUUGUAGAAAUCCAUGGUGUGCAAAUAGCACAAGUAUGUGUGAUUCUAGUGAUUCCGUUUAAGAAAUAAAAUAAAAUAAAGCUGGAGAAUAGAGACAGUACAAGCUUUUGUGUGUCAGAGCCCACAUUACCAAGCACAACAUUUAAGGCUCGAAGAAGGAAAUCCAAAUUUAUUACAACAUUUUAACUCUGAUGUUACAAUUGCAACAGGCUCUUUGCAGAUACCAACACAGAUAACAUUUUUUCCAUCACAUGUCAACCAUAUUCAAUGUGGAAAGAGUGCUACAGGUAGUUUUACCCACAAAAGUGAUCUUCGUUUAUGAAUGGGAGACAUUGAGUCUGGGAAAUCUGAUGCUCUCUUCCAAAGCUUGCUAAUUUCUCAUCCUAUCUUUUUAGAGCAGCCUGAAUAUGCAUACUGGAGCUGGCUACCUUUCUCAACCACCGCCUCCUCCUCCACCCCCACCACCGCCACCUCAGCCUCCUCCUCCCGCACCUCAGUCUCUUGGAGCACCAGGUCAGGCCAACUCAGGCAGCAAUGGAGUGGUGGAAGUGUACAGUGCAUCAACCCCCAUGGCUGGGAAUAGCACAGUAGAGAUACAGAAUCUGGGAAUGCAACCCUACCCACCUAUGGAGGUAAAGCUUAUUUUAUUUUUUAUUUUUUUGACCCACAUAGUGCAGUAUGCUUCCAAGUGUUGCUUACUGCCUUUCCCCCCUGAAGGGCGCAUGGCCUCUGGCUACAAGAAGACUGUGAUAAAAAGACUGUGAUUCACUUAGCCUCAAAAUACUAUUUAUCAAAGAAAUUAGAGGUGCAGCAAGAUGAACAAGCUUGUCUUCUAAUCAGUGAUUAUUUUCUCUGUGAGCAAAAUAGUGAUCAGAAAGAUGUCAGCCAGCUGCAGGGAGUUGAGGGAACAAGGAAAACGAUUUAUGGGCAACAGAAAUCGAUGGAUGUGGAGAGGUCGCUAGAAUGAAACAUGUGUCGCUGGCCCAGUGUGAUUAAAAGGGAACAUCAUAUAGUUGUCAACAAGUAGAAGAAUGUCAACGCUAAACCAGGAGGCAGAGGGUUUGUUUAGAAAGCUACUAAGAGAUGGAGUUCAUGAAGUAACAGGACAAAGCCAGGAAAGCCUAGUAAGUAACCUAGCCUGAGUAUUAAGACAAUAGUCCAAGACGGAAUUGCAUCUUUGAAGAGCACACACUGCUGAAGCUCUUUUCAAAACAUUUAUUUUUGACGUAACUGUUGAUUUGGGAGUAAAAUGAAAAUCUUGCAGAUAGAAAAAGCAUAAUCAGAUGCUACACAGAAAAAAAGAAUGUGGCAAGACUCUUUGCCUAAUUUUGUUUUUGGUGAGUUCAUACCCUCAGAUAAAGCAGGGGCCACAGUGAAGAGGACUGGCUCUUUAGAAAGCACUGUCACCCCAUUGCACUAAAUUACUUAUGCAUCUGAUACCAUAACACUGGUUUUACUUUGCUUAAUCAUAGAUCUUUAUAUGAUUUAUAUCCCACCUUUUGAUUCAAAGAGCUCUCAGUUUGAGAAAGAAAGUCCCACUGUCUUCUGCAUUCAAGGUCUAAAAAGUGACUUCAAGGCAAUCAUGAAGUCAAAAUGGUUAAAUGUUUUGACUCAACUCUGGUUCAAGAGUGUCUGAAGUUGCUCUGGAUACUUGGCAUUUCUCUGGAAUCUGUUCAGUUUCAUUUCACAUGAGAAAACGUAAAUAUCUAUUGUACUACAGAGCUGUAAAGAAGGGUGGAGUAUGGUAAUUUGAUACACCUAAAUGUUAAGUCAUAAUUCAUGAGACCUUCACUAGAUAAUUCCACUUGUGCCUUGCUUUUGACUUCUCAGCCCUUUGAGAGGACCGUGACCAGAAGCUAAGACAACUCACUUCUCUUUCCACACUGCAUUUAGGAUGAUAACCACAUGUUUGAAAUUAGAUCACACUUCAUUUAUAUUUAUUUAUUGUUACAUUUAUAUCCCACCUUUCCCCCAAGAAGCUCAAAGUAGCAUACACAGUUCUUCCCUUUCUCAUUUUACCCCAUUUUAGCCCUGUGAGGUAGGUCACUCUGAGAGAAGGUGACGGAACCAAGGUCACCUAUAAGUUUUGUGGUUGAGUGAGGAUUUGAACCCUGGUUUCCCAGAUCCUAGUCUAACACCCAACCACUACACCAGGCUGGAUCUAGCGUGUUCAGCAGAAUAUUAAAUGUUUAGAAGUGGAAACAUCUUUGCAGAGUUGUCAAUGUUGUCACUACAUUUUCAGCAUGUUUUCCUCAAUAAUUUCCAUUUUAGGUGCCCAAUCAAUGUGUGGAAACCCCAGUGUACCCCUCCCCUCCAGUAUACAGUCCAGGGAAGCAAGGUUUUAAGUCUAAAAGCCCCAACACCGUUGCCCCCUUGAACAAUGCCUGCGGAGGAAAUGUGACCAAUUUUGAUCCAGCUUCAGCUGCCAAGAACCGUCGUCUUAAGACAGACAGCAGCCUGCUAGAAGGUAAGGCUUCUUGCCACCAGUGCUUGCUGUAACCUUUUCCACCGGUGGGCAUCAGAAUCUGGGCAUCUGUCUAUUUGUAAAUGGAUAUUAAAUGCCUCACGCUUCCCUUUCCACACUUCUCUACAUAACACUUGAAAUAGAAUUUUCAUGUUUUUACCUCUAAGGUUUUCCCAUGUUGGGAACUUGUUCAUAUCUCCACAGUGCAGGGGGAUAGAAGAUACAAAUCAAUAUUUUAGAUGAUGCAGACAAAUGAAUUAAAAUACUUGUGUGGGCUUAAUGGACUGUUAUGAGUGUUUUUGCAGCUAAGUGUUUUUUCAGGUGUGCUUCACACAUUGCGGAUUUCCUACACAGAAAGCCCUUCCUCGCUGGAAUUAGCUUGCAGUCUGCUUGUGGAUUGACUGCUGUCACUAUUCCAUAUCCUGCGGGGGUAGGUGGUGGGUGGGAUUUUGCAGAUUUACACAGUGGGAACUCAGAGCCGUUGCCUAAGCAAGUGCUGGUAUGUCCCACUACAGAAAAUCAGAAUGUCUGUUUUUCUCAUCAGUAUUUUCAGGAAAUUAUGAUGUUUCUUAUAGUCCAUUAAAGCUUGUCAUUUUUGUUACUCUGGUGGUAGAGGAGUUGCUGCGGUGCUGUUCCUUCCUGUGCCACCAGAUGAUGUGAGAAGCCCCGACUACACAGGAAGAGCCCAUGCCAGUGUUAUCCCAGCUUCCAGAUUAUUAACACUGAUAUGGGGAAAAUCCAAAGUAGGAAUUCCUGGUUUGAGGUUUCUCACCCUAGUAAUGCAGAGUUUGAAGUGUUGAAGCAGCUCCAUAAGCACAAGGGACAACGUGAUUACUGGGUCUAAGUAGCUUAUUUUGCCCACUAAGGAUCCUACUUCUUAGCUGAAAUUAUUGGCCACCAUAACUGUUUCCAUGCUUCAGUUUCAUCCCAACGUUAGACAUUGCCCCCAAAUACAGUUCUAGCACAAUGGAGAGCGAGGGAGUAAGAAUCCACGACAGCGGCCUCCCCAAUUUGAGCUCAUGAUUAUUUCCUACUGCUUUAUUUCAGGAAAACCCAAGUCACCAAAACUGAAAUGCACAUACUGCGAUAAGGCGUUCACCAAGAACUUCGAUCUGCAGCAGCAUAUCAGAAGGUAACGUUGGCAUUCCAAAUGAGGCAUACAGAUUGUGGCUAAUUGGAUAGGAUGAGGGAUUGGCUGCACACCCUGAGCAACAGGUCACUUCCCUUUGAGCCAUUCUUCCAUGCUGGAUAAGACUUUGAAAAUCAAUACUAUCUUGCUGCUAGGUCAGUGUGGUCCCCAAAAAGUUCAGCAUUGACCUCAGAAUGGCCUGAGUGGGUAAAUGUGUGUAGUUUGUGAAACCUAAAUUCAGCCACAGCUCUCAGCUGAUAAAGCCACCAGGUCUUGCAGGGCUAUACCACAGCCUGUUGCCAUCCUGCUCUGCCAGUCACUCUCCUGACUGGUCGUAAGUGAUCCUCCUGGGAACAAUAGCUUCUAGGCUGCCACAUUCACCUCCCGUUUUGCAUCCCAACAUUUAGAAACAGUCUGUCCACAUGCUCCAUUUUACUUGGGCUUUUCAUCCUUGGUUUGAAGGGUUUUUACGUAUUUGGCAGAGCAGGAUCUGCUGGACUGUCCUUUUUAUUUGUAUCAAUUUGCUUCUUUGUUAGGUUUUUAUUAUGUUUAUUGUAAUUCAUUUUAGUAUUUUUUAUUGCGUCUGUAAGUGUGUUGAGUCAUUUUUAUGAACAAAGCGACUAAACAAUAAUAAGAAUUUUCCAGUUUUUGCUUUGUGCUUCCAAGCCAAAGUUUCUGCUCCUCUUGCCAGUAGCCAUUUAGUAGUUCCUGCGGCCCAGUACCACUUCCUGCUUCCCUGGAUAGACUUCUUAGUGGCAGGAAUUCCACUUCAUUUUGACACUGUUUUUAAAAAGCUCUUUACUGUAUUUUGGAAAUCAAACCUGUUACCUUUGCCGAAAAGGAGCUGGAGCAGUGUGGCUAUUCCCCUGUGGAGAGAUUCUGCCUUACCCUCCCUUAUGUAAUCUCCUCUUUUCCUUCAGUCACACAGGGGAGAAGCCAUUCCAGUGCAUCGUAUGUGGUCGUGCCUUCGCCCAAAAGUCCAACGUGAAAAAGCAUAUGCAGACGCAUAAGGUGUGGCCACCAGGAAUUGGGUGUACCAUCUCUCGGAGCUCUGUCACUGUGCAAGUCAUGGCACUGAACCCCAACCAGCAGGAGGAUGAGGAGAAUGCAGGUGCAUUACUUACUGGUGGGAUGGCCAGUUGACUGGUGACCUGCUCCCCAAACCUCUGAAUAAUUGUGCUUCUACUUGCUUCUACCUGUCUUGGUCCCUGGGACUAGGAAGGAUUGGAGAGUAGAUUUAUGUGUACUACCGACUUCAAAAUUUAUUGGAUCAUGAAUGUAGGGACCAGGUUUUCAAGCUAUAACUGGGUCACAAUCCAUUAUUUUGUAUUCUCCAUCCAUGUUAUCUCUCCCCUGCCCCAGCCCUCCUAAUUUGAAAGCUUUGCACAGUAGUGGGAUCUGGCAGUAGGAGACAAAGCCAUAAUUCUUUGUCUCUGAGCUUGUUUGGAUGUGUUUAGAUAGGGAUCAUGAAUCCCCAGACAUGGGGCAAGCGAAGGGAUGCUAGUCAGUAUAUUGUACUUGCAAAGCACAUGGUUUAUUCCUAAGAUUUAGUUGCUUCAUGUGAGAACUAUCCAUGGAACAGAGCCUGUUUAGCCAGUGACUUCAUGUAUUGCAUAGCUGACAUCCUAAAUAUCCCUGGUACUAGCCAUGGUUGAUCUUAAGGAAUUAGUUGAGCCUUGCACUCCAAAUCAUUUGUACAUGAUCGUCCAGUUACUUUGCCCUGAGCCAGACUUCGGAUGGCAAUUUGUCAGCCUGUCUAGCCAAUAUCUUUCCCACCUUGUCAGCUAUUUAGUUGGGUGGGAAGGGCAUUCCCAUCCCAGCUAUAGAUGGGUUUACCAAAGCAGAAGGGAUCAGCUACAUGUGUAACAAGUCUGAAAGUACAAAAUGAACUCGGUGAAUACUGGCUGCAAAUUACAGUGAACCUAAUUGGACUAGCUGGUAGAGAAUGACAUUUGGUGCUUCCCACUGUACUGUCUCCUCUCCACAGUGCCUAAGGCCUCUCGCCAACCAAGGGUAGAUCUUGACCUAGUUAUCACUGAGGCAAUAAAUGUGUAUCUAGGCUAUACCCACUUCAAACUACAGUUUCUAUAUGUCACAUAGAAAACAGGUAUUUCAGAGCUAAUAAUCCUUCCUGGCAUCAGGUUUGUUGUAUUGAGGGUCAUUCAAUCAUGUGAGCUCUCACCUGCAGUUUGAAGCGGUACAGUCCAGGCCCACAUUAACCUUGCCAAGAACUAGAGCUUUGAUCAGCAAGUUCCUCUGUCAUUUAAACACUAAAAUACCCAGAGCGGAGAUCUCACUCCUUAAUGAUAAUGCAUAUUAAGUGAAAAGCACAGGGAAGGGAAAACGAAGAGAAGCUGACCUCCCCUGCCCCCGGCUUUGCAUUUUGGAAGGGAGAGCUGGCUGGCUGUGAUUUGAGAUGAGUUAUAGGGUAUUGUAUGAAAAUGCACGGCUGACCUUGGUUGUAUGUUCUUAUAAUUAGAGUAACAAUUAUAAUAAUAAUAACUCUAGUAACUCCCUAAGCUGAACCUCUAAUAUAUAUGUGCCUUGGCUAUUUCCUCCAGGUUUGAACACAGUUCCCAGAAGCAGCCCCCCACAGCCACAGGUCAUGCCUCCUGCAGAAGAGCAUGAGGCUUGCAAACUGGAAGCUAAGCAAGUGGUCUUGAUAGACAGUUCUUACCAGUGCCAGUUCUGCCCCAACAAAUUCUGCACAUAUUUCCAGUUGAAAUCCCACAUGACCCAACACAAACAUGAACAGGUGGGUGCCAAAGUCAAAGGAUGACUUCCCCCCGCGCUGCUAAACUCUUUACCGAUCUCUGACUUACAGAAAUAAGAAAUGGAUGCACAAAAUUUGCAUAAAGGACCCAGUUUUUCUUUGUGCAAAAUGCAGGCUAAUUUGGCAUGGAAUGUUGAUUUCUUUAUUGAGUCAGACCAAUGAUCAAUCUAGUCUAGUAACAUCUUGCCUGGCUGGCAGAGGCUCAGAAAUCCUUCAGCCAAAGAUGCUAGAGAUGGAACCUGAGACAUUAUGCACACAGAAAUGUGUUUUUGUACAACUGAUCUGCAGCCCUCCUGCAGACAAUACACUUUAUUCCUAUCCAAGCUUCUGGGUAGGAAUAGCACAAUAAAGCUAAACAAUUGCUCACUAAAUUUCUUAUAGCUUAGGUCCCUUUUGAUACCCCUCCCCAAAAAGGUUUGUUUUAGUGUAAGAAUUACCUGCCUGGAAAAAAGUCCACCUCAUUUAUGUCUGCCUGAGCCACUGUCUUGGAUGUGUCCUCAUGCAUACUUUGCAUGCAGAUGAUCUCAGGUUCAAUCCCUCGCAUCUCUAGAUACUGCUGGGAAAGACCCGUGUCUGAACCCCCGAAGAACUACUCUCAGUCAGUGUAAACAAUGCUAAUCUAGAUUAGUCUGGUUUGACUUGGUAGGAGGCAUCUUUCUAUGUCCCCUGACUUGAAGGAGGCAAAUCAAGACUUGUAACUCGUACAGAGAUACAACCUGUAGCCUCCUCUAAGGGUAGGUCAUUCUGUGCUCUCUCUAACUGAACGAGCCACUGCCCACCAUCAGUAUAGCAUGCUUGGAAAGAGAGUUUAGAAUAAUAAAUCAUUCAGAGAUUGAGCAGGCAACCUCCUUUAUAGGAGUAUACAAGAAUCUUUAAUUAUAUUUAUUAUUUUAUUUCUCACAGUACACUAGGGUUUGCUUGUUUUCAUGAUGAUAAAUGGUCAGGGUUACUGGUCUAAUCAUUCUCCUAUCACCAUUAAUGUGCAGGUUUACAAGUGUGUUGUGAAAAGUUGUGCUCAAACAUUCCAGAAGCUGGAUUCCUUCUUGGAGCACAUCAAGAACCAUCAGGAGGAGCUGAGCUACCGUUGUCACCUUUGCAGCAAGGACUUCCCCUCCCUCUAUGAACUGGGUGUCCAUCAGUAUUCCCACAGCUUGCUUCCUCAACACAGUCCCAAGAAGGACAUUGCCAUUUACAAGUACAGUAGUUGUUGGGAAAGUGCUUUUUCUGUCUAUGUUUGGAGGGAGCAAUUAUAGCUUUUGACUUUAAGCUUAAUUUUGUUAUUGUCAGGGCAAACAGUUAACAUGUUUGUAGCAGUCAAGUGAUGACUUAGAGACUAUUUUUGAUUGAAUAGUUUAAGUAGGUAGAUCUCACUGGUGCAAUGUUUAGGUAGGUAGAUGAAACAUAUCAGAUGAAACUGUGGUUUGGGAUUUUGGUUUGAGAGUAAGUAAACUAUAGUUUGUUGCAAUUCUGAUGGAAUGGCAAAACUCUGGUUUUCUAAAAACUAGAAGCAGAAGCUAUUAAUCUCUGUCGUUUGAAGCUUGUACUAAUUCUGUACUGACAAACUGUUGCAUCUUUGUUUAUCUAUUUAAAAUUCUCACACCUCACUUUGUUGCCCCAAGAAGCUCUCAAAGUGAUUUAGAAAAGAUUCUCAAAGCAAAACCACUAACAGAAACAGAAAUUUCACACUGUCCAUAUGAAAUAAAGGAUUUUUAGGCCAUUGAAUUAAGCCAUUAUCACUGGUCACAGAUUAGAGAACAUUUUGAGAAUAAAAUGUGGCCCUCAGAUCUUGAAAGUUUUCAGAUAAUUAUAAAAGGUGACUAGGCUUUACUCAGAUAUUUUUUGGAGCUCUGGUGUCAAUGGUCAACUUGGGGUACAAGAACAAGUUUUCGAUAAGCUCUCCAUCACCCAAUCCACUCCACCUGCCUCCAUUGUUUUAAAGAUUAAAUUACCUCAGUUAAGCAAUGUGGGAGCGGGGGGACAGCUUUGAAUUGAAAAUUAGGAGGAAGUGAUUUAUCUGUUUAUUACAGUUUUAAUCCCAGCACUUUUCAAAGCAAAGCACAUGGUCCUUCUCCAUUCCUUUAGCCUCGCAAUCAACCUCCCAGUUCUGUAAAGUAGGUUAGGCAGAGAGUUAGUUACUGACUGAUGUCUGGCUGACCAGAGAUUUUAAUCCAGAUCUUCUGUGCCUAAGCCAAGCACUCUUAGUCACUACACCACACUGGGGACUCAAGGUUAUAAAUUGUCUUAUUUUCUUCUUUGAUAAUAUUAAUAAUAAAUAUCAAUGCAUACUAAAAUUGGACCCUAGUCCUCUAACUCAAUGCAUUCUUUCUUCUUCCUCCUGCUUCAGGUGUGUCAAGUGUGUAAAUAAAUAUUCUACCCCAGAAGCCCUGGAGCAUCACUUACAGACAGCAACACACAACUUUCCCUGUCCUCACUGUCAGAAGGUAGGUAGAUGAUGGCCUUGACAAAGUCAGUUUACUCUUUUGUGCCAUUGGUGCUUUUAUUAGCUAUUUUCCCUAUGACCUCUUAUUUAUUUGUGCAGACUUCUUUUCUACCCUAUCUUUGUGAGAUCUGCUAAGCUGAGAAAAUAGAUUUAUCCAAGACUGCCUACUGAAAGGUUGAGGUUGCAUAUUGGAUGCAUGCUAAUGUCCAGUUGACCUGUGCAAUAUUUGCACUGUCACAGGAGCUAAGCAUGGGCCACAUUGCCCCUGGUUAACAAGGUGUGUUCUGUCCUAUGACUCUUCCUCCCAUAUUUGGACCUGCAGGAAUUGACCAUGCAAUUAUAAGUAAAAGAGCAUCUCCGAGAUCUGUUAAGUCAUCGUUCUCUCUGGAUGAGAGUUGCACUGCACGUUUUUAUGGUGAGCGUCAUUUAGAAAAACGUGUGCCCUUAGCCCAGGAGUAAGGGCUGCUGCCCUUCCAGAUGGCUGUGCUCUUAGUCAUGUGUUGUCUUCUUUUUCCAGGUGUUCCCCUGUGAGAGAUACUUACGACGUCAUCUACCUACACAUGGGGGUGGAGGGAAAUUCAAAUGUCAGAUCUGCAAAAAAUUCUUCCGCCGAGAACACUACCUCAAACUACACGCUCACAUUCACUCGGGUAGGCAAUAGCACAGUACUGCUUUCCUGCAUGUUGAACCCAUUCAUUCUUUGGGGUCUGCUGCUACCAUUUCUAGUGAUGAUCAGCAACCUGCUUCCUAAUGUAAGCCCAUUUUUUUAAAGGCCUUCAGAUCAGGUUGUCCCCCUCCCUUAUAGUCAUUAUUUUAUUGUUUGCAUUUCACUUAGCUGCUUGAAUAGUUGCAGCCAGCAACUAUUGGUUAGGAUUGGGGUCAGCAAACUUUUUCAGCAGGGGACCGGUCCACUGUCUCUCAGACCUUAUGGGGGGCUGGACUAUAUUUUGAAAAAGAAGAAGAACGAAUUCCUAUGUCCCACAAAUAACCCAGAGAUGCAUUUUAAAUAAAAGCACACAUUCUACUUAUGUAAAAACACACUGAUUCCCUGACCGUCCAUGGGCCGGAUUUAGAAGGCAGUUGGGCUGGAUCUGGAUCUUGGGCCUUAGUUUGCCUACCCAUGGGUUAGGAGGUCACUGUAUAUGCAACUGAUCACCUGGAUGAACAAACAGGCAAGUUUUAUGCAGAAAUGUUACUUCUCUGUUAACACCAGAUGUAGUAGUGAAACUGUUUAAAAUGCAUCCAACUGCCUACACAGUUCUCAGUAGUUAACAUCCAGGCAUAUGACUCUCAAGGAUUGUGGCCAACAGGGAGGGAUAGAGGAGAGAUCUUUGGGAACUUAAGAUCCUGGUUCUGCUGCAUCUGUUUUCUGUAGCUCAGCCAAAGCAAGGGAAAUUAGAAUAUCUGUAAGCCAAGCUUAGCCUGCAACUCCCUUGCUGAGUUUAUGUCUCUGUCCUACUCAGGUGAAAAGCCUUUUAAAUGCUCUGUGUGUGACUCAGCCUUCAACAGGAAAGAUAAACUCAAACGGCAUAUGCUGAUCCAUGAGCCUUUCAAGAAAUAUAAAUGCCCCUUCUCGUAAGUAUCACGUUUUCAACAGCAGCCAAUAAUGGCAUUGGCUUUGCAGCCAUUAGAUGUAAAGUGUAAUUCAUCUUUGACUAGUUUCUGUUUAUAGGCUAACAUAGAGUCUUUUGAAGUAAGGGAAUAGCCUUUUUGGAGGGAAAAAAGCCUUCUGAUUUUACUGGCUCUGGGAUUUUGUCUCUGUGCAGUAGUUACCUCUUCUGAUUAACCACAUUCUCUCUUUUCAUUGUUCAUUGGAAGGCAGUUUAGAAAUGAAAGAGCUAGGCAGACAAUGGUGGUGCCUUGCAAUUCUAAAGGCACUUCUAGAUGGCAUCAUCACACAUUGCAUAGGGUGCUUAGACACAGACUUUUGGUUAAACCUCCCCCCUGGCCCAUACUCAAUUCAAUGAACUUUGUUAUCAUGCAAGCCAUACUUGUGCUUACAGCAAGAAGGGUUUUACUUGGUUUUGCCUCUCCCUUUUGUGGCUCGUUUGGCUUAUUUGCUUGAGUCAUUGGCUGCACAGGCAUCUUAACAGAAUGCAGCUUUAAUGUAUUUGCUUUAUAUUUGGUAUGAAUUGGCAGGAUGAUGGAGGGUUAGAUCUGAUGGGUCAUUUUGGUUCCUUCCAACUCUUCAAUUAAGGAUAAACUUGCAGCUCUUUAUUGGCACAAUACUUGCAUUUCUUUUUCAGUAGUCCAGUUUUCCAAAAGCUAUGCAAAAGGCAAAAACAGCAUAAAGCAUUUUUCAGUUGUCGGGCCAAUUUGAUCUGCAAUGUUAUGCAGGCUUUCUUCUUCUUCUUUUGGUACCAUGACAAGGAGAUCAGAAAGCUCUGAUGAUUGUUCUGCUAUUUUAAAUCAUAAGAAACACCCAGCAUUACUUGCACACUGCUGAAACAGAACUACAUCUGAGACUCCUAUCUGUAUCAUUCAACAUCUGAUUAAAUAUUUGUUUUAAUUUUUUUUCACAGAAAUCAUACAGGCUGCAAUAAAGAGUUCAACAGACCGGACAAAUUGAAAGCUCAUAUUCUCUCCCAUUCAGGUAAAUGAAAUUCUGGCUCAUGCUCUGCCCUAUGCUGCAGAUAAACAGGUUCAUUUAAUUUUCUUCACUCACCUAAUUAUUGAACCACAGUGAUCUUUUUGUUUUUUUGUUUCUCAGCUGCAGGUAAGGGCGGGAACAGUGUAGCUCAAGAAUAUGUCUGAGGCUCUUCAGUUUAGAAAAGAGGUGAAUAAGGCAGCGGAAAUAAAGGGUGUAUAAAAUUAUGCUUGGUGUAUAAAAAGUAGAUAGAUAAAGUUGAAUGGUGGGAUAUUCAGGACAGACAUAAAGAACUACUUCACAGAACGCAUAGUGGCUUCCACAGAAUUUGGUGAUAGCCACUAACUUGUAUAGCUUUAGAAAGGGAUUAGGUAACUUCAUGGAGGAUAAGGCUAUCAAUGCCUACUCAUCAUGAUGGCUAUGUACAACUUUCAAGAUAAGAGGUACCAUUCUGCCAUAUAGCAGUUACUAGGAAUCUACAGUGGAAGGGUGCCAUCAUCCUCUUGUCCUGGUUAUUGGAAUCUGAUUAGCCAUUAUGGGAAACAGGAUCCUGGACUAGCUAGGCCUUUGUUCUGACCUGGCAGGGCUCUCUUUAUGUUCCUAGUCCAUGAGCCCUUUUGCAACUAAGUUGUGUUCUUCUUGAUUUAGGGAUGAAGAUCCACAAGUGCCAAUACUGCAGCAAGGCCUUCAGCCGGCGAGCUCACAUGGUGGAACACCAGCGCUCUCACACUGGAAACUAUAAAUACCGCUGCCCUACAUGUAGCAAAGGCUUUACACGCCAAAAGUACAUGAAGGACCACAAGUGUAGACUGAGUUCAGCCAAGGACAAAGAGCUGCCAGUCAGAAAAUCCCAGAAGAAGUGGGGGACUCGUGGGCGGAAAGUGGGGCUUCCUGUUUCAGCUCAGUUGACCUUGACAGAACUGAAAGACAGUACAGAUGGAGGAAACCCUCAGAAAGGUGGUCCCAAUAAAGAACAGUUUCCUGUGUCUGACACAGUCCUGUCCAUUGUGGUUGGCAGGUCAACGGCCGUGUCAGCAACAGACUCUGAUCUUGGCAACCCUACCCAAUGCAGUGGCAUUCCAUCCAACCUUGCUCUGGCCGAGUUGCAGCCUGGAUCGGAGAGCCCAUGCGCCAUGCUAGCAGUCCCUGUUUACAUUCAGGCUACUGAAUAACUAAGUAGUACUGUGACUUAAUGGGGGAAAUAAUUCCUCUGCUGUUUGAUGGAGAUAUGCUGCUGCAGGAGAUUGGAAAUGAAUGGAAUGUGUAUGUGUGCGUGUAUGUUUCAGCUGCCAUGAUGCAGUGAGCAGCAUUCAUAAAGAAUUUUGUUGAUAAAACUGAGAGUACCUUCCCUUAUCCAGAUGAAUUAAUCAUGCGGAGCACUGAAAGGUAUGGUUGCAUGCUUUUCUUUGAAAGAUGCUUAUUGGUUAACCUAAUUUAUGAUGAUUCCUGAAUCCAGUGAGAAACACAAUACAGAACAUUGAAAUAACAUACAAGACCUGAUUAUUUAUUUUUAAUUGUAGUGCAUCCCAUUUGUAAUUAUUUUCUGAAAUUUGCAAUACCCUGUAUCUGGACAAUUUGUCUUUCCAGCUGUAAGCAAACAAUCCUUCGUACUGGGAGUAAGUCCAUUAUGUUCUCCAUUUGGAAAUGUCAUUCAUAAAUGCUCUCAACGG